UGACAUGGUUAGCUUAUCUUUGAUUUGCUGCAGUGGGUUGUGGGUAGAACGUCAAUCCGCCAUAUCGGUCUUUUCUCGCCGGCUGAAGGAGAGAGUCGGGAGUCAUGAGAGGAAUUCGGUCUCUUAACCAUCUCUCCAAACGAUGCUAUGCCGCUGCCAGGAGGAGUGAGGCUCUCACCGAGCCCUAUGCAGGCCUCAAAGCAGCCCCCGCUGCCCCCCUCCCCGCACAGGAUGUCCAGAUAUCCAAGCUCCCAAACGGUCUUGUGGUAGCAUCAUUGGAGAACUACUCCCCCUUGUCCAGUGUCGGUGUGUUUGUGAAGGCUGGGAGUCGCUUUGAGACUGCUGAGAACCAGGGAGUCUCUCAUGUGCUACGGUUGGCAGCUAACUUGACGACUAAGGGGGCUUCUGCCUUCAAGAUCUGUCGUGGAAUGGAAGCAGUCGGGGGCAGCCUAAGUGUGACAUCAUCGAGGGAGACCAUGGUCUACUCUGUGGACUGCCUGAGAGACCACCUAGACACAGUGUUGGAUUAUUUGGUCAACGUGACCACAGGUCAGGAGUUUCGGCCAUGGGAGGUAGAGGAUCUGGCCCCCAGGGUGAAGAUCGACAAGGCUCUGGCCCAGCAGUAUCCACAGAUCGGCGUAAUUGAAAAGUUGCAUGAAGCAGCGUACAAGAACGCCCUGUCCAACUCUCUGUACUGCCCUGACUACAUGGUUGGUCGUGUGUCUUCCGCACAGCUGCAGUCCUUUGUUGAGAACAAUUUCACCACUGGCAGAAUGGCUCUUGUAGGACUAGGUGUGAAGCACUCGGUCCUGAGGCAGGUAGGGGAAGGGCUGCUGAGCGCCCGCAGUGGGGCCGGAGCCACUGUGACUAAGGCUGUGUAUCGAGGAGGUGAGCUGCGGAUGCAGAACAACGACGGUCUCGUCCAUGCACUGAUUGUCAGCGAGGGUGGUGUGACAGGGACAGCAGAGGCCAAUGCCUUCAGCGUGCUGCAGAGGAUCCUCGGGGCUGGCCCACAUGUCAAGAGAGGCUCCAACAUCACCAGCAAACUGAGCCAGGGCAUUGCCAAAGCGACCACACAACCUUUUGAUGCCACAGCCUUCAAUGCCUCAUACUCUGACUCUGGCUUGUUUGGCGUCUAUACCAUUGCACAAGCUAAUUCUGCAGGCGAGGUGAUCAAAGCUGCCAUUGCCCAGGUGACAGGUGUGGCUGAUGGAAAAGUCUCUGAGGCUGACAUUACCAGAGCAAAGAACCAGGUGAAAGCAGAGUACCUCAUGUCCAUGGAGAGCUCAGAGAGUGUAUUGGAUGAGAUCGGUUCUCAGGCUCUGGCCACUGGGGCCUACAAGGCCCCUCAGGCCGUGCUCCAGGAUAUAGACGCUGUCACCCAUGCUGAUGUGGUCAAGGCUGCGAAAAAGUUUGUGGAUGGCAAGAAAUCCAUGGCAGCUAGCGGACACCUCAUCAACACGCCCUUUGUGGAUGAAGUAUGAAAACACAACAUAGGAACGGCAUUUAUUUUAACUCGGGCAGGUUAUGCCCCCGGCUGCUUGAAAAGGAAAAGGAACGGGGGCCUCAGACCCGCGGCCUCCUAAAACAAAUGAUAAUCGAUAAAGACGUCACCAGUAAUUAGUCUGUACUGCAAUCUGUAAACGCCAACAGGGAGGAGGAGAAUAAUCAUGUGUGUUUCUUUUUUUGUCCAUUUCACUGUAUAUCUGAUGUAAAUUCAUUAAAUGGUCUAUCUACA